AUGCCAGAUUUAUUCGACAACUUUUUCACCUCAAUAGGUGCAAAACUUAACGGUGGACACACUAGACGUCGUUAUUCUGCUGGUUCUCAAGUGAAUACUGGAAGCUUUUACAAUUACCAUAAUUCAACAAGCAACAACAACUACUGGUUGCCCAGGAAAGUGUCCACUGCUGACGUUGCACAAGACAAGCCAGAGAUUAAUGAUAAUGGAAAUGCUCUAGAUGGAACUCAACCAGCUCAAUUUGGCUCGGUGGAUUUGAGCACAUCCAGUGCCCCGGCAUUGGAUGAUAGUAUUGGCCCCAGAGCACGAUUAGGCAGGACUUCUUCGGAGAAAAGUGUGGAUACCUAA